AUGGGGACGUUUGGCGUCUAUACUCUCCUGGUUCUCCUCGGGCUUGGCGGCACAAUUUUUUUCGUGAUUCGGCACGUCCAAGGUCACCCCACUGGCUUCAUGCCAUAUUACCUGGCAGUACUGUUGAUUGUUUCGCUCUGUUCUAUCACCUGUCACGCGAUCCUCCUCAGACGGCGUUUGGAUCAUGAUCUCUCGGCCGCCCAGGAGGCUAGCACCAUUCCCCUCCAAACUCCGCAAGCCACUCCUCCAAAAAACCGAAUUUCGCGCAUUCAAGGUUGUGCAAAGCUUCUACAUGCGUAUGCUGUCUUCCUGUUUGCCCUGCUUAUAGCCGUCCUCACGUUAUUCGACCUUAUAACGGGCUACACAAUUUCUCAUUUCAGGCCUGCCCACCUCGCGAGAACUAUGUCACUUGCGAUCUUCCAGUGUAUCCUGGUUGUUCUGGCACUAGCGUGGUUCCUGGUAGCGCUUUCUGUCUCCUCGGACGAUGGGAAAAGCUCGGGCAUCGCCCCCGGUCGAGAGACAAUCAGACCAACUUCCUCUUCCUCUCGAGAAUGCCGGCUGCCGCGCUGGUGGCUAACUCAAGACUCACCCGGUUUCCAGGAUAUUGCUCUAAAAGAAGUUGCCGUAGAGACGCCGCGUGGAGGGAGCCCACCUUCCGGAAACGUCAAACAGAACGGGCCUUUUGGACGAUGGGGAACGGGAAGUGCCUCCAGUGAAGUCUCAACUACGUGCCCAGCAGGUCGGGGAGUGUCAGCUCAGUGGGAAGACUUGACAGAGUCUUCUGACGCAAAUCAAACAGUGUCAGGCGGCGUACAACCGUGCGUAAUAGGGCUUCCUACCUUUUCAGUUGUGCGUGCCACGCCGAUUCGCCCUCCCCCGCGCGACGACUGA